CAAUGUGGUUCACUUGUAAACUAUUACAGGCUAUCUCAAGUAUCAGCUGACAAGCCAGUUAUUUAAAGGUGGUAUAUGCUACAGGCUUACUGUUAAGUAAGGUGAUAUACCCAAUACAACAACUCGAAUACUAUCUGUGUAUAUUUGUGCACAUAGAUUCGUAGGCUGUACACCACUUAAAUUGGACUUUAACCUCAUGACGUUCAACACACAAACAAACGCCUGAGAUUACAAAAUAAUAGAUAAAAAUGGAUCGUGGGGGCGAUGACGAUAUGAGGUCGGAGCUGAGGGACUACCAGAUGCAGGCCAACGCUGUCACUGACCAAUCACUGGACAGCACACGGCGCAUGCUCCAAAUGUCCGAGGAAAGCCAGGAUGUAGGUGUGAAAACAUUGGUUAUGUUAGAUGAACAGGGGGAACAACUCAAUCGUAUAGAAGAUGGUGUUGAAAAGAUUAACGCUGACGUAAAAGUUGCGGAAGCAAAUCUCCGUCAAAUGGAGAAGUGUUGCGGCUUAUGUCUAUGUCCACCGUGGAAAAGAAUUCCAAGUAAAGACUCUGAAUUCAACAGUUGGCAGCCUAAUAAGGACGGGGAGCCGAAUACAAAAGGUCCUCAGGCCAGGAUGGAAGAUAAACGAGGGCAGUACGAUAGUGGCCCGGGUGGAGGGUACAUUACUCGUGUAACUAACGAUGCUCGGGAGGAUGAAAUGGAAGAGAACUUGCAACAGGUUGGGGGGAUUGUAGGCAACCUAAAAAUGAUGGCUAUGGAUAUGGGCAAUACAAUUGAUAGUCAAAACAAGCAAUUGGACAGAACCACACACAAAGCAAAUGUCGCUGAUGACAGAGUUAAAGGUGCCAAUCAAAGAGCGAUGAAGUUGAUAAAAUAAAACAGCGCUCAAAAAUAAAUCAUAUUAUUAUGGUAUCAUGAAAUUUGAAGAUUCGCCACGAAUAUUGGCUAUAAACAAAGAUAUACUCCAUUUGUGUUGGCCCGUGAUAUUCGAUAUUAUUUAUAGGAGAAAAACAUUC